CCGCUUGCUGGCGGCCCAGUGAGAUGGAAGAGAAGUCCUCUGCCCGAUUCUCCGAAUAUCUGUUCGCCAAGAUGGGCGGGCAGGACGUCUCGGCCUCUCAGGGUCCCCGCAAGGUGACCGCCGACACCAGAAAGUGGAUGCGAGAGAACCUGCUGCUCCUGGUCACCCUAUCCGGCGUAUUCUUCGGCAUAACUCUCGGAUUUGGCUUACGACCUCUGGACCUUGGGGACGAUGCGGUGAUGUUAAUCAGUUAUCCGGGAGAGCUCUUCAUGAGAUUGCUAAAGCUAAUGAUUUUACCUCUGGUAAUCGCUAGCCUCAUAUCAGGUUCAGCGAGCUUAAACGCCAGGAUGAACGGAAUGAUCGCCGUUCGGACUUUAGUGUACUUCAUAUUGACAUCCUUGCUCAACGCUGUGCUCGGCGUAGCCCUAGUCCUCGUUAUUCAUCCUGGUAAUCCCGGCAUCAGGGAAUCGAUCGGUCCUUCGCAUCACGCGAGAGCCGUUAACAUAUUAGACAGCCUGCUCGACCUGGGAAGGAACAUGUUUCCGGACAAUUUGUUCCAAGCAGCCUUCCAGCAGGCGCACACGGUGUACGUCCCAAAAAAGCAACCCUUCCAGAACGUGACCGACCAGCUACCAACAGCAGUUCUGGGAGACGAGGAACUGAUAAGAGUGGUGCAGUAUAGAAGCGGCACGAACACACUGGGUAUAGUUUUCUUCUGCCUAGUCUUCGGUACGUUUCUGGGAACACUCGGUGAGAAAGGUCAAGUCGUCAUAGACUUCUUCAAGGCUGUGUUCGAGGUCAUCAUGCGAAUGGUCUCGACCGUCAUGUGGAUGACACCGAUCGGCAUCACCUCCGUAAUAGCGGGCAAAAUACUCGGCGUGGAUGACCUGGUACUGGUGAUGUCGCAACUGGCGUGGUUCAUCGUCACGAUCGCGAUCGGUGUCUUUUUCUAUCAGCUGGUGAUCAUGCAGCUGAUAUAUGCGGCCUUCGUUAGAAAGAACCCCUUUAAAUUCUACGCCGGCCUGGCCCAGGGUACCCUCACCGCCUUCGCCAUGGCAUCAACGGCUGCCGCACUCCCCGUGACUUUUCGUCUGAUGACCGAGAAGCUCCGAGUCGACCCUAGAGUCACCAGGUUCGUCCUGCCGAUCGGUUGCAAUAUCAACAUGGACGGUACCGCGCUCUUCGUCGCCGUUGCCAGCAUAUUCAUCGCCCAGAUGAACGGUAUCUUCCUGGGCUUUGGAGAGAUCAUCACCGUUAUUUUGACGUCCACCGCUGCUUCCGUCUCGUCGGCCUCUGUACCAAGCGCUGCGCUCGUGCUGCUGUUGGUUGUCCUAAGUGCCAUUGAUGCUCCCGUCAAUGACGUUUCUCUUUUAUUCGCGAUCGACUGGUUCGUAGAUCGGAUAAGGACUACCAAUAACAUGCUAGGAGAUUGUUACGCCGCCGCAGUCGUCGAGCAGCUGUCGAAAAAGGAACUGAUGGCACUGGACGCAGCAGCCUAUCAAUCGGAGACUGUGCUACCGACCACCAUCGCCAAUGGAUGUCUUACCGCUAACAGGGUACCUGAUCCUGAUACCGUCGUCGUCGAGAUGCAAGACGACACGCGGAUAACGGGGAUCGCCAAGUAAACACGCUUGUUGAUUCGGAAUAUUGCACAUGUCGAGAAGUGUGACGGAAGAGACCGUUUGACUAACGGUCAGCCCCGCGAAAUAAUUUAUCGCCGCAGAAUCUUACAAGUAAAUCGACUCUGCCAUCUGUUUUGCAUUAUUCAACGAGGAUCAAAAGACGUACUCCGCGCCGAAGGCGCGUUUAGUUCCUCUAUUUGUUUUGGUUUUACAAAUAAUCCUCGAGGUUCAUAAAGAUCCUCCGCAAGAAGUUCCACACCAGCAGGACGGCAGCUCUUGCGGGAAAACGCGAUCGCCCAUGAAGACACGAAGAUAUUCAACAGUCAAUAAGGACGGAGCACGUGUUACAUGUGACGCAGGCACAGCAAUAAAAAAUUGAACAGACGAUCGAGGCUUCCAAAGACUCGAGGAUCGCGCAUUUUGUCGCUCGAUGUUGCACAGGCGAAAAGUCGUUCAACGAUCCCCGCAAUAAUUACGCUCGAUGCUGCAUGGGCAAAAGGUCGGGAUAUACAAGUCUUUCAAUGACCCCCAGGGGGAAUCAGGCUGAAUUAGUAAAGACGUUAAUCCGAUUGACCGACUCACAUUCGAACAAAUGAUGGCUGACGAUCGUACAUUACAGACUCGGCACUAGCAAACCCCGGAGAUGACCGACACGAUCGGCGUCUCCGUCAGGAAUCGGUUCUUCACGAUCGGUCGUACAAUCAGCGUCGAAUGUGGUGCCUUAUUUCGAUGCGCCAACCAAGGGCGCGAUGAAAGUAAAAUCUCGCCUGGGUUGUUGUUUUCCUUUCUCCAGUUAUAUCGUUCGUCGCGCGAAAGUGUAGACGCCAAUUCCAACACCUGACGCUUCUCGAUGUGACUUAGAACGAACAUCCUAGCUCCGAAUCCGGGGAUUGAGCACGACUGUCAAUCAAUGACGCGACGAAUACAUAGCUUUCUAUCGGGAAUAAAGAAAUUUUUUACGGUGUUCUGGGGCGGGAGCUUGAUGUGAUAACUGUGUUAGGUAGCUAUGUGCAUACUACACAUAUCUAGGAUAAAACAAAUACGUUUUAAUUGCUCUACAAUGUUAUUAUUAGAAUACAGUUUAGGCUACAUUUUAAAGACCGCUUCGCGUGUCGCGUGUCGAUUACGUCACUGAUCACAAUACGAAUCAAGGGGGAGGGGAGGGGGACGGGAAGAAAGUGAGAAAAUUAGACGGCAACAAUAUACGUAUAUCCGGCGGAGAUCAAUACAAACUCCACGCUGAAGAUGCAGCAAAGAAGACUUACAAGCGGGUAGAACUUUAAAUAGAUUUUAAAAGUCAUAUCGAUUUAACUAUCGGACCAUUAAUUGACGGAAACUGGUGUAUAGAACCUUCCUAUGUGUUCUGCUUUUGAAAGACGAGUGUUUUGCGAGAGAGUGCUUGUCGAGACAGAAGUGGAAGCUCUGGACGUGUAUUUCGUUCAAAAUCGGAGAUAACGCUUUAUACCAUUUCGGGGCUGUCCCAGGUUUUCCAAAAAGAAAAAAUUCUCUUUCACAUGGGAACAAUCGAUAUUUGAAACUUUCAAUAACGUUGAUUUUUAUCAAUUACAAUUGCGUCCAAGAUUCUAUCUCGUUGCACUCUUCUUCGAUUAGUGCUCCCUGCCGUAGAGUAACAUACCUUCCAAUAUGAUGUUGUCCAGACCGUAGCUUAGAAUAAACAAGUUCGUGUGUUUCAACCGUACGACGGAAGAUCAUAGUAACUCUUCUAUGAAUGACAAAGGGAACGGGACAUUUAAAUAGCGCAGCUCGUUGUCGGGCACCAACAAGACUGGAUAUACCAUAUGAUAAUACCAUUUUGCUAGACGUAAUAAUGGGCAAACGAUUCCUACAUGGUUUCGCUAAUACCUAGGCACUAGAUAGGUAGGUCGAUACGUGUUUCAUCGUAGAGACUGUUUAAAUGUACAAACUGUUCGAGUACAUAGUAUUAUUACUUUUAGCAAUCGUUAAUGUUUGUUGCGUAUAAAUUGCAACGCGUUUAUUUCGAUUUCCUUUGGAGAUUAAUUUCUUCGGAAGAAAUAAUAUGGUUUCGUGCACGUACGUUUACGAGAGGAUCAAUCUUUAUUAUCAAAGAUGAGCGAACCAAAUUCGGAUUCUUUUAAUUUGAAUAUUCAGAGCAAGCAUUCCGUAAAGAUACUUAGAGAUUAACACCUGUAAAUGGUAUUUGUAUUUUGCCAUAAAACAUCGAAAUGGUACCAAAAUGAAUUACAAAAAAAAAUUAGAAAGAGAUUAUAAAAUAGACUAGAACUUGUAUAAUAAUAGAAAAGCUUGCUAAUUAUAAAUAAUUAAUCAAUUAUUUCUUCAACUUUAAUCACGCGUUAAUUUGGUUAAUUACGACUUUUUCAUUUUGUUUGAAAUAUCUUUCAAGGUGAUAUUUCGGGUGCUCCUGUUACUCGGCGCGUUUUAUGCUCAAGCAUUAAAAAGAGUGUGGUGGAUACUACGUAGUAGCUACGGGAGUAAAACGAGCGGAGGAAACAUGGAAUAAACUUAUCAAAAUAAUCCGAAGAAUACGUGUAUACUUGUAAGGCUCAACGUGUUGUAUAACAAAAAGCGAAUUUAUACGUGGAAA